AUGGAUCGAACUAUCGGAGUCUUGGGCGGUGGACAACUUGGACAGAUGUUAUGUGAAGCUGCAAAUUCUUUAAGCGUCAAAGUUGUAGUACUUGAUGCUAAAAACUCACCAGCUAAGCAAGUUAACGCUAGGGUCACACACGUCGAUGGUUCAUACACAGAUCCUGAAAAGAUAAGAGAGCUGGCUCGAUUAUCGGAUGUUCUAACGGUAGAAACCGAGCAUGUGGACACCUAUGUAUUGGAAGAUAUAGCAACAAGAGGUGUCAUGAUAAAUGACGAGAAUGGAAGUUCCAAAUUGAAAAUGGUCGAUAUCCAACCAUGUUGGAGAACAAUUCGAACCAUACAGGAUAAAUACGUUCAAAAAGAACAUCUUAUGAAAAAUGGACUCCAAACUGUUCCUCAUCGAUCACUUAAUUCGAAUCCGGAGGAGCUUAUUGGAUUUGCCCAGGAGUUUGGGUUCCCAUUCAUGCUAAAGACUAAGAAAGGAGCCUAUGACGGAAAAGGGAAUUAUGUCAUUAAAUCUUCUGCUGAUAUCAAUGAUGCAUUGAAUGCUCUAAAAGGACAGGAAUUAUAUGCUGAAAAAUGGGCUAAUUAUAGAAUGGAAAUUGCUGUUAUGGUAGCCAAAACCGAAGACAGUGUGAGCAUGAGUGGGGAAGCAACAGUCGCAUAUCCUGCCGUUGAAACAGUGCAGGAGGACAACGUUUGCAAGCUAGUCUAUGCGCCUGCACGAAAUAUUUCAGAUGAGAUAUUGAAGAACUCUCAGGAUAUUGCCCGCAAAGCCGUGGGGAGUCUAUGGGGAAAGGGAGUCUUCGGGGUAGAACUAUUUCUACUUGAUGAUGACACCCUUCUUGUCAAUGAAAUUGCGCCACGGCCACAUAAUUCUGGUCAUUACACAAUUGAAGCGUGUCCGACUUUUUCUCAAUUCAAGGCUCAUAUCCUUUCCAUUCUUGAUAUUAUGCCUAAAUUUACUGACUCCGUUAUACCGUGCAUGGCACCAGCAAGUAUCAUGUUAAAUAUUCUAGGUGGAGCUUUACCAAGUUCACACGAAGAAAUGGUACAAUGUGCUGUAUCAAUUCCUUCAGUGGGACUACACAUGUAUGGUAAGGAAUCAAAACCUGGAAGGAAAAUAGGGCACGCAACAAUUGUCUCCAAGGAUAUGAUGGAAGCUGAAAAAUCGUUGGCGCAUCUGGUGCAUCUUGCAGAUAUAUGUCGAUCUGCAAGGAAAAAUAUACCAGUACCCUCUAUUGGCUUGACUACAUCUACCUCUAAAGCCUCUUCUACUGUUAACCCACUUAUAGCUAUCACCAUGGGAUCCGACUCGGAUCUUCCUGUGAUGAAGCCUGGCCUCUCACUAUUGGAGACGCUAGGAAUUCCGUUCUUCGUAACAAUCACUUCGGCACACCGCACCCCCGAACGCAUGCUGGAAUUCGCUGCUUCAGCCGCUUCGAGAGGUUUCAAGGUUAUCAUUGCGGCGGCAGGUGGUGCGGCUCAUUUACCGGGAAUGCUUGCUGCCAGCACACCCUUGCCGGUGAUCGGAGUACCUGUACGAGGUAGUACAUUGGACGGUAUGGAUAGUCUAUUAAGUAUAGUCCAAAUGCCUCGAGGUGUACCAGUAGCCACAGUGGCUAUUAACAAUAGCGUCAAUGCGGCUCUAUUAGCUUGUAGGAUUCUCGGUGCGAGCGACUUGAAUAUUAGAAAAAUUCUAGUUAGCUACGCAGAAAAAAUGAAAGAUGAAGCAACUGAGAAAGGAAAAAAGCUGGAAAAUGUCGGUGCAAGUUUGUAUGAAAUGUGA